GCUAAAGGUAUAGAAAAAUCAUAACGCCAAAGCGUUUCAACGUUUUUUCUCCGAAUUGCGAAGCCCGUGAAGUGCGUGUGUGCGAGCAAAUCAAUUGAGCAGGAUUGUCCUCCUCCCUGGAUGUUUCACAUAUUUUUCUUCCCUGUUUGCGAUUGAACGAACGAACGAGUGUGGUUCCUCCAUCUUGCUUUUCACUGCUCAGUGAUUGAGAGCAGAGUUUUACCCUCCUCCUCCUGCUGGUGCUAUCGUCCGCCCAGUAGUAGCAAAUCUCACGUAAGCAAGUGUACGAAAAACAAGGAUUAAAACGGGGUCACAGCCUUCUGCGACCACUGCUGAAUCCUAGGUGUCCGUGCCUAGAACAGAGGAUGACAGUUUAAUUGUAAAUAAAACCAUCAAAGCUUGACGGCAGAACGAAACGUGUGUCCACUUAUGGACUAAUCGGGAAUCGAUCUUAUUUUCUCAACACGACGUUCGAUUUUUGUAUUCCCACUAUCGCUGUCUCUUGAAAGGAAAGAAAAAAAAAUACAUACACUGGUGUAUUUCUGUGUAUCUGUGUGUAAUAUAGCAUCCGAACAGGGCCUGUGGUACCGAGAGAAGAACAACUAGUCAAAGUAGAAAAAAUAAUCCCUGUGAAGGAAAUAAAGAAAGAACGACUGAAAACGGUGGCACCAACAACAAGAGCUGCCUGCUGGGAGAGCGAGUGAGAGAGCUAUAGUUUAAUAUUCUGUAGAACGAGUUUUGAGAUCAACGGCAGCACACUGUUCGCGGGAAUAGAUCACCGCCCGUAUCCGGUAGAUCGAGCGGACGAAAUGGACACCGAGCAUGUGGCCGACACGAUGCCCCUGAUGCCGGGGGGCGUUCUAGUGGUCGAGGACGAAGGCGAGGAAGCGGUCGAGUUGCCGCUGGAGGACGACGGGACGCUAUCGCUGUCCACGCUGCAGGCCCAGUUCUAUGGGGCCUGCGGGCUCAAGUACCGCAACCCGGACAACAAAGCCAUCCGAGGGGUGCGGCUGAACGAUAACAAACUGCAUCCGUUCUCGCCGGAGCAGGGCUGGGGCAAUCACAUCUACAUCUGUGUGUUCCCCAAGGAGAACAAGCGCAAGAGCGACGACAAGUUGGAGAAUUCCACGCCCAAGACGAAACGUAUCGAGAACCGAUACCGGACUACGACGGAUCUGAUUGUGUUAGGACUGCCCUGGAAGACCACCGAGGAGGGGCUGCGUGAGUAUUUCGAUGCGUUCGGGGAUCUGCUGGUGGUGCAGAUCAAGAGAGAUCCGAAGACGGGCCAAUCGAAGGGCUACGGAUUUAUUCGGUUCGCCAAGUUCGAGUGCCAGAUGAAGGCCUUAUCCAAGCGGCAUUUGAUCGAUGGGCGCUGGUGCGAUGUGAAGGUACCCAGCAGCAAGGAUCAGAUGCAGCACCAGAUGCCGAGCAAGAUCUUCCUGGGUCGUGUGACGGAGGAUAUGACGGCGGAUGAUAUCCGGGAGUAUUUUAGCAAGUACGGCGAGGUGACGGAUGUGUUCAUUCCGAAGCCGUUCAGGGCGUUUGCCUUUGUGACGUUUAUAGAUCCCCAUGUGGCGCAGAGUUUGUGUGGAGAGGAUCAUCUGAUUAAGGGAGCGUCGGUGUAUGUUUCCACGGCUUCGCCGCGACCGGAACACAAUCGUAACCAGCAGAAGAACCAGAUGGGGAAUAAUUUCUCCAGCUAUGAUGAACGCGGACGUGGUGGCGGCAGCGGAGGUGGCGGUGGUGGCUCGUCCGGAUCCGACUAUGGUAGCCAGCAGGCCCAUUCGAACAUGAAUAGUAAUUAUCACCAUGGAGGCGGCGGUGGUGGCGGAGCCGGUGGUGCCGGCGGCGGCGGAUAUAACAAUCUGCCCCAGAAUCAACCGAUUUGGAACUACAAUGAAUACUCUCAGCAGAACCGCCAGAACAACAGUAAUAUCGACAGCAUGCCCAAUCUGCAGGCUCUCGGGCUGAACUCGACAGGACCGGGCCCCAAUGGUGGCCAGGGAAACGCUGGAGGUCUUCACGGAGGUCAUCACGGAUCGGCUUCGGGGAUGGGUGGUAACCAUCUGAGCGGGGGAGGAGCUGCGGGUGGAGCGGGAGCUGGUGGAAAUAGUGGAGCGCCGGGUGUAAUCGGUAACCAUGGGGGUCCGACUGGUGGCAAUAUGAACCUGAACCAGAUGCCGAUCAAUCCCGCCAUCAUAGCGGCUGCCUUGAGCCAGUGGAGUCUGAUUGGCAACCAGAUGCAUAACAAUCCGCAAGGUUCGGGCGGUCCGGGUGGACCGGGAGCCCCGGGUCAGAGUGGAGGCGCUGCUGGACCAGGCAAUCCGGCUGGACCGGGCUCGAGUGGUCCGGGCGCUGGCCAGGAGUAUCUGCCGUGGAAUGGAUCAGAAAGUAACCAUCAUCGGCACGUGGAACAAGUAUAUGCGCGAGACAGUAAUAGUAACAGAGUGUUGUACCAUUGUUACGAUCAGUACAACAGUGUUAGUGAGUGCAAGAGCAAGUCCCGACGAUAUAACAGUGUGGUAGUGAUACCGUGUGCAGAGGCGGAAACGGAUGGAAAUGAUACUGCAGCUGCUUGCGGUAGGCGAGAGAGAAUGAGAGAGCGUUCGGGGAGAGAAUCUGCUGGCGACAGUGUUCAAAAUAGAGCGGGCAGAUACAACAAUAAUAAUAACAACAGCAACAACAAUAGAGGAGGCGGCGCUCGAGCAGGGUUUUUACGUAAACAAUAUUGAACGAAAUAUUAACUUUUAACUCGGAAAAUAGCCUGAGAUGAGCGCGCGCGAGAGAAUUGAUUAAUUUAUUUUGGAUUUUCAUGGAUUGAAUUGAAUUGGAAUUUGUCGUCCAGCUUGAGUUUCUUUGAAAAAAAGUCGUUUGUGUUGAUGUUUUCCUGUGCGAGAAAAUAUUGAGAGGAAAACCACGAGAAAGAAAGAGAGAGAGAGAAAAUAUAAGAAAAGCAGUAAACACUACUUUGCGCUAUAGAACUUAAGGAGAGAAAUCGAAUUAAAUUCAUUAUAAUUAUAACUAUUAUAUUUAAACGGCGAGAAAGAGAAAAGAGAGAGCAUUCAAUCAUAUUAUAUUAUUAACAAACAAAAAGUAGACAAAAAGAAGAUGAAUUCAGACGAUGAUGACGAUGAUAAAUGGUAUGGUAUGGAGUAUGAUGAUUAUUAAGGUAGUGUUAUUACAAACGAGCAAGCAAGCAAGAAUUAUGAAUGAGUUCGCAAACAACAAAACAUAAAUAAAUGAAUAACAAACAACAAAAUAGCAAUGUAAUAGAUUGAGUGUGUGACCCUAGCGUAACAUCCCCAGUAAUUAGAGCGAGAGAUGAAACAGAACAAAAAACAAGUUGUGCAAAAUUAACCGAUUGUUGUGUGCAUAUGUUUGUUAUUUUAAAAAUUGAGAAAUAGAUGUCCUUUGGAACGAGUAAAGAUUA